CUUACUUUGAAAGUUGUUCCUUCACUUUCGUAUAGCAGUUUAUUACAGCUCACAGAAUGAGAAGCUCAAAUAUAUGAUACCAUGACCUUAACCAUACACGUUUUUCAGAUUUCAAAGAAUAAUAAACACAUUUAAUCACUUAGUUGUGACCAGAGUGGAAGAUACGAUGGGUCAUCAUCUGUUGUUGCGAUAAAUAUGUAUAUUUACUGAUGUUUCAGUAUCCUCAUGUUUUGAUUUUCCGACUGUAAAAAAACCUAAUUUGACUCGAGGUUUGAAAUUUCCAUCAAGCUUUGCCAUAUCAAUAUUCACACACUUAUUAUUUAUUUAUAUUUUUGAUAACUUGAGAACUAUUAGCAAACAGUGCUGUUAUUAAAAAAAAAAAAUGCGAUGCAGGUGAAUAAUCAUGAACAACGACAACCACUGUUAGCGAAUAAUUGUUAUUCGAGUUACACCCAGCAAGAUUUUUUGUUACCAGAAUUGAAAGGACCCUCCAUAGGAAUCAGACAUGUACAAGCGAUGCUCAUGUUUCUCCUGCUGGCUAUCGGGAUUGGAAUGCGAGUGCAUAUGUCGGUCGCAAUUGUUGCCAUGACAGAUAACAGUACUAGUUCUAAUCCAGAUGUACCGACUUAUGACUGGGACAACAAAAGCGUUAUCCUAUCGUCCUUCUACUGGGGCUACAUCCUCCUACAGCUCUGGGCAGGAGAACUGGGCCGGACUUUCGGCACCAAAAAAUUCCUAGCCGGAGCGAUGUUCGUCAACUCGACGGCCUGCCUGCUGGUGCCGAUCCUGGCCAGCCAAUUGGGCUCGUACGGCGUCAUGGGGUGCCGGAUGGUCCAGGGGAUGGCGCAGGGGUUCUUUUACCCCUCGAUAUACAAUGUGCUGGGUCGGUGGAGUCCCAAAGAGGAGAGGUCCACGUUGGGAGCAUUCGCAUUGAGUGGUAAUGCGUUUGGGACAAUUCUAACUAUGCCUAUAGUUGGUUUUAUGUCUGCUUCUUCAUUUGGGUGGCCAUCUACGUUUUACCUUUUCGGCGUACUAGGAUUCUCAUGGAUGAUUCUGUGGCUUUAUUUUGGAUCGAGUAGCCCUUCAGAGCACGGAAGCAUCACCGAUUUUGAGAAGAAAUAUAUUGAGGAUACAAUGGGAGACCAAGACUCGAAUCAGAAGAAAGGAGCACCCUGGAAAGCAAUAUUGACCUCGGCUCCAGUUUGGGCAAUAGUGUUUACUCAUAUUGGACAAACUUGGGGAUAUACGACGUUAAUAACUGAAAUACCUAACUAUAUGAACAACGUAAUGAAGUUUGACAUGAAUUCGAAUGGAGUUUUGUCUGGUUCGCCCUACCUCAUUUAUUUUAUCUUGACCUGUUUUUGUGGAGUCUUGGCGGACUACACCAUCAACAAGGAAAUUUUAUCUAGAGCGAAUACAAGGAAAAUUUUCACGACAACAGCUAGCGUUAUUCCUGCAGCUGCACUCAUGAUCCUCAGUUUUCUUCCGGACGACUCCAGAAUCCUUUCUGUGUCGAUGCUGAUGGUCGCAGUGGCGUCCAAUGCAGGAAUAAAUGGAGGGUUCAAUGUUAACCACAUUGACUUAUCUCCAAAGUAUGCUGGCAUCCUUGUAGCUCUAGGCAACAGUUCCGGAAACCUAUUUGCCAUAUUGGCACCUUUACUUGUGCAGAUUAUUGUAACGGAUGAGACUGACAAAUCCCAGUGGAGGAUAAUUUUCAUAACUUCGGCCCUUUGGUAUUUGGCAUCUAAUGUGAUCUAUGUCCUAUUUGCUUCUGGAGAUAUUCAGUGGUGGAACGACGAUUCAGAGAACCUGAAGAAGAAUGAAAGUGAUGAUGUACCUGAAACUAAAAUUACCAAUAUCUCAACUAUCAUGAAAAAUAUAUGAUUAACAACAUAUUAGGAU